GGUAUUUUUCUUCUUAACUUCUCCAACUCUUAUGUAGCAAAGGUUAAUUGCAACUACAGGAAGCUACACGAGCCGAAUAGCUUAUAGAAAACUGAGUCUAUCUAUCCAUUGCCAGUUUUCGGUAGUUUACCUAGUAAUGAACCUAGCAUUUGCUUAUUGGAAUCUGCGGGUAUGAGCUUACUCGCACUCACGUGCCGAGCUCCCCUGAGGUGCUCUCAGUUGGCUAUAUUCUCGUCCACGUACUUAAGGCGCUAUGAAAGCACACGCUUCAGUAUCAGACGGCUCUCGAGUCAUACAGCUACUCCUCGGGAUACUGGCAUCGAAUAUGUCCGAAAUAUAGGUAUCAUUGCCCACGUCGAUGCAGGGAAAACAACUACUACAGAGCAAAUGCUCUAUAACUGUGGUGCUUUAAAACGUGCAGGGAGUAAGUUAUUUGCCAUGUACAAUCUAUGUCUAAGUGCCCUUGAAGAAAGGAGAAAUAAGUAGACCUUCGUCCUGACAUAUUAUGACUGAUGCAUGCCCUAGACGUUGAUCAGGGAGACACUGUGACCGAUUUCUUGCCAAUGGAGAGACAGAGAGGAAUUACAAUCCAGUCUGCUGCCAUUACUUUCAACUGGCCGCUAAAAGAACGCCUAAACCAGGAUGGCCGGCAAUAUAUUAUCAACCUGAUUGAUACCCCUGGCCAUGUGGAUUUUAGAUUUGAAGUCGAGCGCUGCAUACCCGUUCUCGAUGGGGCCGUAUGCGUUAUUGACGGAGUCGAAGGCGUUGAGGCACACACAGAGAGAGUCUGGUCAUCCGCUCAGGAAUUUAAAGUGCCUCGAAUUGUCUUCGUUAAUAAACUCGACCGCGAUGGUGCCUCCUUUAAAAAGUCCGUGCAAGACAUCGGGCUAAAACUCAACGGCAUGCCAUUGGUCUGUCAGAUACCCUGGUGGCAAAAUGAUACUAUAAGAGGCGUAGUAGAUGUAAUCAGUCGUUCUGUUGUCAGUUGGAUGGGAACCAAAGAUGCCCCUGAAGAAUUGUCAAGAAAACUACCCGAGGGCACAAUCAAGGAUGAGAUCGAACGCGCACGGGAGCGGAUGAUCGAACAACUUUGCGAGAAAGACGACGAGCUAAUGGAAUUGUGGAUUGCUCGCGGAAAUGACCUGCCUGACGCAGCUAUCAAAGAGAGUAUUCGCCGUGUUGUUAGUACCGGUGAUGGAUCUCUAAUACCCGUCUUUGCAGGAUCUAGUUUGAAAAAUAUCGGUGUUGCCGCUCUGCUCGAUGCUGUCACAGACUAUCUACCUAGUCCUUCGGAUCGUCCCGAGCUCGAAGUCCGGGUAGGUCGAACAUAUCAACCCCUUAGCCAUGUCAUUCAAGCACCGAAGCCCUCCAAAAAGCCUCCGCCGCGCCUCGAAGCAUUGGCGUCGGUUUUCAAAGUAGUUAACGAUCCUCGUCGAGGAAUGCUCACAUUUGUGCGCGUUUACUACGGGGUUCUCAAGAAAAACACCCGCAUGUGGAAUGCUAAUCUCCAGCAAUUCGAAGGCUCUCUCAACAUGAUGCAAAUAUCGGCAGGGAAGACUAUCGAGAUACCUCACCUAGCUCCGGGGCAAAUAGGUGCAAUCACGGGCCUGAAGGCCGCGAGGACGGGAGACACCUUGCUUACUUUUAAUUCAAAUUCAGCGCCACAGACAGAAGUUGGUACUAUACAAGUACGACCGCCUGAAAUACCUCCCGCUGUGGCUUUUAUUGUUCUCGAUGCGUACAAUCCGACUGGUGCAAAGGCUCUCGAGACGGCCUUGGAAAAUCUCUCUAGGGAAGACCCGAGUCUACGGUGGUCCAAAGACGAAAAAACAGAGCAAUAUACGCUCUCUGGGAUGGGUACACUUCACUUGGAGGUUGCCCGUGAUCGUCUGGAGAACCAUUAUAAAGCCGAGGCUUACUGGGGUGAAAUCUCCGUUGACUACAAAGAGUGUUUAACCGCGCCAACGGCCCCUCAUCAAGCCGUUUUCGAUGGGGUGGUAGCAGGCAAAUCUGGUAAGGCGGCAUGUUCCGUAGUAAUCGAGCCUCUCCAAGAGGACCAUAACGAUACGUUAUUAGGGACCUGCUUCGAGCGAGACGGCAACAUGAUUCAGGUCGUGUUUCCAAAGGAAGGCGUCGUACCUAACAUCGAGGAAACAAGACAACAUCUUACGAAUGGUGUAAUAGCAGCACUUGCGAGAGGUCCUCGCCGCAAUUCACCAAUGCAUCAGUGCCUUGUUACAGUCACGUACGAUCCUUCGAUCAACUCCAGCUCAACUCCAGGCUCGCACCUGGUCGGUGCAGCAAAUAAAGCAGUAAGAUCAGCCCUUAAAGAAGCGCACCAGCAAGGCAUGAUUGGCAUCCUCGAGCCAGUUAUGAGGGUUACAAUCGUCUGCCCCGAAGUGUCAGCAGGUGCCGUUCAGCACGACAUACACACAGGUCGCGGGGGGCACGUCCUCGAGGUCAGGGAUAUGCAAGAAACGCAAGCUCAAGAAGGCGACAUUGUCAACGUAUCCAAUAUCUACGCACCGCCAGACCCAUACGAAUUCCAAACGACGCUUCGGGAGACGCGGAAAGGCCGCCUGCGUAUGCUGGAGAUUACGGCUCGGGUACCGUUUGUGGAGAUGCUCGACUACGAUACCCAGCUGAGGGGAAAGACGCAGGGACGGCAUACCUUGACGAUGGCCCUGGAGACUUUCGAAAAGGUUACUGGUCCGAGAGAAAGGGCCCUCUAGUCCGUCUCGGUUGGGUGCCUUGCGUAGGCCUUCCUUAUUAUCAAGGAGACGCAGUUCAAUAUCCUAGUUAGGCAGUCUUAGCUAUGGAAAUAAUGUACAGUUACUACCGUUACAUAUGUUAUGGAUGAUGCUAUGAUUCGGGUUGGGAAUUAAGGGACGGGAACUAGCUAUAUUGUUACAAACAGGAUUCAAAAUACGAUGUCGCGCGCGCUAUAACAGCCUUAAG